CCGCGCAGGCUGUCGUGAUUGGCUGAACGCCCGCCGAGUCCCAGCCGUGCCAACGGGCUCCACACGCCGCCCUGCACUCCCCUCUCCCGAGCGCCACCAUGCUCGUCGUGUGUCUGCUGCUGCGUGUCCUCCUCCUGGACGACGCGUCGGCAGCGGUCGUUCUGCAGCAGAGAACGUUGUCGGUGACGAAAGGCAAAGGCCGGACGGCUCGGGUCACUUGUCACACCUCAGGCUUGGACAGCAGCUUCGCCGAUGACGUUUUCCAUUGGUAUCAGCAACGAGACGGCGGAGAGCCCAAGUGGAUGCUCUUGGUGGGGAAAGGCGACACCGCGGCCACCGACGACGCCUUCAAGAAGAGAUUCACGUCUGAGAAGAACAACGAAGCGAAAGCGUGCAGCCUCCUCAUCAACAACGUGGAGGAAGACGACUCGGCCACCUACUGCUGCGCCAGGUGGGAGCGCACGGCGACACAAAGUCACCGGGCUCCGUACAAAAGGCGGGGGGCGCGAUGUGCCGAGUGGCGAGAGGCUCCUUCACUGCACCGGUGUGCCGACUCCACGUCCGACCUCAGCGGGGUCAGAAAAUACCUGGGACCCCCCUGGCUAACCCCCUGCAUCUGCGCGCGGGCGGCCUUCGCUCUUACGCUGGACCAAAAGCCGCUUACGGUGACCAGGAGCAGAGGCAGGACCGCCCGCCUAACGUGCGCCCUGGACGUGGACAUCAGCGGCGCGACAGUCCACUGGUAUCUGCACACCGACGGCGAGGCUCCGACUCACCUGCUCUACGUGGGCAGCACCGGGGAAGCGCAGUACAGCGAGGACGAACAUAAAGCGAAGUACCGGGCAGAGAAAACGCCGCUCGAGAGAAAAUGCAGCCUUCAAAUGUACAACGUGGAAAAUGGAGACUCGGCGCUCUACUACUGCGCCAGCUGGUCCGUCACUGCAGCGCACCGCCGGGGAGGAGCCGCACAAAAACGAACUGGCGAGGGCCGAGAAGACACCGCGAGCGGGACAAAUGGCACCUUCGUCCGGCCAGGAAUGAGCAUUUGA